GUUGCUCGCCAUUUUCAAGCAACACGUCAAACGGUUCACAUUUGCAUUCGGUAUUUCGUGAUCAGGAAAUCCUUGGAUCAAAUGAUCCCACUUCUUGGAUUGGCAGCGGUGUGCGGGGCGAUAACAUUUUGCCUGGUACCGUUAUGUUAUUGCAAGAAAUCGGUAAAAAAUCAUGUUUUAGGUAAAAACGAACGCGUGGAGUCUCCAGUUGUGCGUAUUAGAAUAUCACAUCCCCAUCAAGAUAAAUUAUCGAAUGACAUCUGCAAUCCUGAUGGCAAAUUACCAUCAUGCCGACGCAGAACAUCAACGAAGAUUUGGUCGACUCCGUUAAGAAAGAAAUUAAAACACAUCACGGAUUCUUCAGCUGAAAUGUGUUGUGGAACUAAGACUGUAGUUCAGGCGCAAGUCGAACCUAAUCCCAUGUUAAACAACAACGAAGAUUCCGAAUCAUUUCGGUGUAAAUCACUUCGAAAUGAUCACGAUUCUCCAGGACAAGCUUCAAACCAACAAAAAUUAAACGAUGAAAGAACAAAGAAGACAUCGUCUGCCUUCGGCAAGAAAUGGAAGAAGCUAAAGAUAUUAUUUCGCAUAAGAUCCAAGAAAUCGGUGCCCUUCAAAGACUUCGAAAUCGACAAGAUACAAAGAUUGAACGUUCCCAUUUCCACUUCUGGUCAUCGCUCUCCGUCGAAGCAUGCAGCUCAGCUAAAUCAGUGCGACGUAUCAACGUCAACGAUGAUAAGUAGAAACCAAAAUAACGAAAUCGUUGAAAAUUGUAACGAUUCAGACAAGACCAUCGAAAUUCCAUCAAAGGAAGAGAUCGAUCGACGAUAUUCGAAUGCGAAAGCGAUACAGGAAGCAGUGUCGCUGACAAAUCGUAGCUCAGUCGAUGGAAAAUCGGUCUGCGAUUUGAGAAUCACCGGUUUAACGAUGAACCAGUCCCAACUGCUGGAUCUGUUCGAGGCGACAGGAGGCCAGACGCGAACAGCAUCCAUCGUGACAACCGAGGAGGCUUCGAUAAUAUCUAUCAAGUUUUACCAUCGAAGAAAUAGUAACGAGGCAACAGACACCACAGACAGUUUCAUUCACGAAGGUCCUUUUGGAGGGUUCAUUUGGAAAUUGUACAAAAGGUUACCGGAGAGACUGGAAGAGACACCGUUCGCCAGGUUGUUCCGAUCACAGGAUCAAGGACAAAGUUCGAAUCUCGCGGCUUCAUCGAUUCGAGUCUCCAAUAAUUCGAAGACAUCAUAUGGCUCGAGAAACAAUACCUCGUACUUUGGGUUCCCUAGACGGGAAACAGAGUCGUUGCUGAUAGGUUCGUGCCCGACAAUGGUAGGACAUCGUCGAGGAACGUCAGCAACAGUCGUAUGACGAGAUAUCACGAAGAACGCAGAAUGUGAAUACGUAUCGCAGAGUAUAUGUAUAGGAGAAAGAGUGGAUGUUUUUUGAACAUGAACAUGGAAUUUUGUUCGAUAGACUUUCUUCUAUUAGGUGUGUGCAUAAGUUUUGUAGGUUUUUGUGCUGAAGUAAUUUAUUAACGCGUUGACUGCCACGCUAACUUUGUGAACAGUUUUUUGAAGCUAAAGCUUCUGUUUUGAGAUAAGGUGGAACUAGAUAAGAUUCGUCACUUAACACAUGAAGAUAUAUCGUUUUUUAGCACGAUCUAAAAGUAACCUAUGAAACUUAUGCAUGCACUUAAUAAUUUUGCCAAUGAGGAAUGGAAUCUCUACCAAGAUUUCAAUUUUACACUACGGAGUAUAACUAUAUCGUCAUUCAUAUUUUUCAACGUUUAAAUGAUUUGGACUAUGAAAUAAAAUCAAUUGUAUGAAAUGGAAAGCAAUAUUAGGUAUACGAACUUAAAACUCAUUAUUUAUCGUAUCCUUUUAGCUCAUAUAAUUGACUUUUUUUAUUCCUACGUAAAAGUCUGAAAUAUUUAAAAAUAUGUAUAGUUAUGCUCCACAGUAUAGUAGCAGAAAUUAUUGUUACUGUGACGAAGGAGUUUUAAUAUAACGAUAUUGAUUCAUUCUUAUUUUAGAUGACUGACUCAGGAUAGUUUGAUAAAAAAUAACAUCAUGAAAGAGUUUCUUGAAACUCUGUGAAAUUCUAAUAUUUGGGAUAAAAUAUUGUCUACUGAAAACGUAUAAAGGGCGUGCAUUUGGUUCGAUUGACGGACAUCCAUCUAAUUCUGCGAAUCGGGAUAGGAAUUUCUACCAGGAUUCCGAUUCUAGUAUCAGGAACUGUAGUCACUGAUAUAACGCAGAAAUAUUUUUUUUUUUACAUUCCUGCGGUUCUUUUAUGUCGCCUUGACUCUCAGCAACUUAAACGGAAAUUCGCAAAGAGAACAAUUUACGUUCAAAGAAACCAAAAAAUCGUGCAAUAUAGAGAAAUUAUGUAGUUUUAUUCUAGUCGCAUUUAGUAUUAUAGGGAUUUUUAGUCGUUACUUGGUCGAUGUAUUUAAUAGUUUACAAUGAGUAAUUUUAAUAUUUGAAUACUUCAUUAUUUUUAUUUUGUCACUUUACAACUUUGUCUAUGCCGAAGGAUAAAGUGACUGAGGUAUAUGUUGCGUUAAAAUAGUUAACGUAGUAUAAAGUUUGUUCGUGUAAUUCAGAAUGUUUGUUAUAAAUUUAAUCUCAAACUAUGUGUUCAGAUAUGUCAAGAGACUUCGAAUAUUAAAUUUACUUAUUGGAAGUGUAAGGAAAUUAAGUAAUUAGUAUUGAUAUUUAAUGAGCAAUUCUAGUCAAUUAAUACAGCUAGUGUAGUACAUAAUGGAAACCUCGAAGGGCAAAGGAAUUAUACAGUUAAUGCAUUGUAAUUAAAUUAUACAACAAUAAAUUAUGUUGAAACUUAAAUUGAUAAAAUAUUUAUUUAGAGUUCAUACGAAUGUUACCACAGUGCUUGUAACAUAAAAUUACUUUGAAAAUA